AUGGAGAUCGCGCUGGUGACUUUGGAGAACGGCGGCACCACGGCCAUCGCGGCCGGCGACGAUGCCGCGACCGCCGGCGGCCGGGCGCGCUGGCGGGGCAACUUGCUUCACCUCGCCGGCUCGCCGCAGCUGAGCGACGGCAAGGAGAACGCCCCUCCGCCGCCGCCGCCGCCGCCGCCGCCGCCGCCGCCGCCGCCCGCGGGGGACGAGGAGCGGGAGCGGCCCCCGCCGGGUCCCCGCGCAGGAGGCAGCGGCGGCGCAAGCGGCCCCGACGAGCGGCCAGCGGAGCUCCGCGCAGCCCUCACGCCGCCGCCGCGGCCGCCGCCCCGCGCCCCGCGCCCCGCCGUGGACAUGGGGCCGUCCGAGGAAGGGGGACACCGCCGGGGCAUGGCCAUGGCUGCGGCGGGCGACGAGGAGGAGGACGCGGCGACGGCCAACCCGGGCGCCAUGCACCAUCAGCGGGUGCUGAUCAACAUCUCGGGGCUGCGCUUCGAGACGCAGCUCGGCACCCUCAACCAGUUCCCCGAUACGCUGCUGGGGGACCCCGACAAGCGCAUUCGCUACUUCGACCCGCUCCGCAACGAGUACUUCUUCGACCGCAACCGGCCCAGCUUCGACGGGAUCCUCUACUUCUACCAGUCGGGGGGCAAGCUCCGCCGGCCCGUCAAUGUCUCCAUCGACGUCUUCGCCGACGAGAUCCGUUUCUACCAGCUGGGUGAGGAGGCCAUGGAGCGCUUCCGGGAGGACGAGGGCUUCAUCAAAGAGGAGGAGAAGCCCCUGCCCCGCAAUGAGUUCCAGCGCCAGGUCUGGCUCAUCUUUGAGUACCCCGAGAGCUCCAGCUCAGCCCGGGCCAUCGCCAUCGUCUCCGUGCUGGUGAUCCUCAUCUCCAUCAUCACCUUCUGCCUGGAGACCCUGCCCGAGUUCAGAGACGAGAGGGAGAUGCCCGUACCUCUGCCCCCACAAGGUGGAGGUUUGAAUGGCACGCCCGGGGACUCCCCACCCAUGCAGCCACCCAGUAGCCUGGCUGACCCCUUCUUCAUCAUAGAGACCACCUGUGUGAUCUGGUUCACCUUUGAGCUCCUUGUACGCUUCUUCGCCUGCCCCAGCAAGCCCGAGUUCUCCCGCAACAUCAUGAACAUCAUCGACAUCGUGGCCAUCAUCCCCUACUUCAUCACCCUGGGCACCGAGCUGGCCCACGAGCAGCAGCAGCCCGGGGCUGGCAGUAGCAAUGGGGGUGGGGGCCAGCAGCAAGCCAUGUCCCUGGCCAUCCUCAGAGUCAUCCGCCUGGUCAGAGUCUUCAGGAUCUUCAAGCUCUCCAGGCACUCCAAGGGGCUGCAGAUCUUGGGACAGACUUUGAAAGCCAGCAUGAGGGAGCUGGGCCUCCUCAUCUUCUUCCUCUUCAUCGGGGUGAUCCUCUUCUCCAGUGCUGUCUACUUUGCUGAGGCUGAUGACCCCGAGUCUCAUUUCUCCAGCAUCCCUGAUGCUUUCUGGUGGGCUGUCGUAACCAUGACUACUGUGGGCUAUGGGGACAUGAGACCUGUCACUGUGGGGGGCAAGAUUGUGGGCUCCUUGUGUGCCAUCGCUGGUGUGCUCACCAUUGCCCUCCCUGUCCCUGUCAUUGUGUCCAACUUCAACUACUUCUACCACCGAGAGACUGACCACGAAGAGCAGGCUAUCCUCAAAGAUGAACACAGUAGUGCUCAGGGCAGCACUGCAGGGGGAGAAGUGAAGAGAAGACCAAGCAAAAACUCUCUGAACAAAUCUGUUGUGCACUUGGAAAACAGUGAGGAGUUCAACAAUGGCACCAGCUCCUUAGAGAAAGCAAAUAUCAAAGCAAAAAGUAAUGUAGAUCUCAGAAAAUCCCUCUAUGCUCUCUGUCUGGACACCAGUAGGGAAACAGACCUGUGA